UCGACUUAAUGAAUUGCCAUCUUAAUAUGAGGCGUUCGGUGCCUCUAUAGAUGGUGUCAGAUGUUACAGUGACAUUAUUGGUUUCUGAAUGAGUGUAAAUCCGACAACAUCACACUUCACAAGACGGUUCAGGGCAUGUUGAAACUCUAUAGACUCAAAGGAAAUCCGACGCGAAAUAUUUCAUAUGAAAACAUACAUAAUUAGGAAUUAUUUCUAUUUAGCUCAGUAUGUUGGAAUGAAAUACCAAAUGACUAAAAAGAUACAGCACACUCUGUAGCUUCUUCCUCCUGUGGGUCGCUACAUUAUUGAUUCCCAGAGGCUGCUGCUGGCCAAUAGGCUUUUGAGACCGUUUUUUUCAAAGGGAUGGGAGCAGAUGAAGUGAUGAGAUUCGUCUAACUUUUGGAUGACCCCUUCUUGACAAAGACAGUGUCCAUCAAUUGUCCUCAGUCAUUAUUCCCAGCUUUUAUGCCAAGGGGCUUUUUGUAUCUUUUGUUGGUUUCUCUGUUGAACACCAUGCCUUCAAGUUAGACCUUAGAAACUGAUACAUUUUUAUAUCUCCAUGGAGUAAAACAAUCCCAUGCAAAAUCAGCGUUUCCUAUUUCUUUAUAAUAGUCUAUAUAAUUUUAAAGUUAAAUAUUGAAGCAAGGUUGGAAUUAUGUGUAUUUUCUUAUUUUUUCACCAUGCCUUUUUAUUUUCCAAAUGUGCAUGCAGAUGCUUGAGUGCAAUAUUUGUUUUGUUUGUUCCCACCGGGGUCUGAUUUUGGUGUAGGCUAUCUUAUUUAGAUAACAUUGCUUUUAGUUGUAUAUUUAUCCGUUUAUGGACCAGCAUCACCUCUAUUGGCCGAUCUGGUCACAUGGUUCGCUAACUUUAUUCAGUUGACACCAAGUAGGAGGGCUUUAUGGAGGGAGGAAAAAAAGACAACUCGAGAAAAAAAAUUAGUAUUUUCUACCUUCAGAAAUUAAUGGCCAUGAGUUCGUAUAUGGUGAACUCUAAGUAUGUGGAUCCAAAAUUUCCUCCCUGCGAGGAAUAUUCACAAAAUAGCUAUAUACCUGAGCAGGGCUCGGACUACUACAGUCCAUCGCAGGACACAGACUUUCAGCAACCAGGGAUCUAUCCACGGUCAAACUACACGGAGCAGCCCUUCAGCUGCAACACUGUGCAGGACUCCACAGUGCAGCCACGGGGUCAUGUGCACGAGAGAUCCAGCCGCUCGAGCCCUUUCAGCGCACAGACUGAGCAGGCCCCCCCGGUCCAAGUGGCCGGACCCCGGACUUGUGGACAGCAGCAAAACACAAAGAGCCUAAAUGGGAUACAGUCCAAGCAGCCUGCAGUAGUUUACCCCUGGAUGAAGAAAGUCCACGUAACUACUGUGAACCCGGAUUUCACAGGACCUGAGCCCAAACGGUCCAGAACAGCUUACACCCGGCAGCAGGUUUUGGAGCUUGAAAAGGAGUUUCAUUUUAACAGGUAUCUGACCAGGCGGCGACGGAUUGAGAUUGCCCACACUCUUUGUCUCUCCGAAAGGCAGAUCAAAAUCUGGUUUCAAAACAGACGGAUGAAAUGGAAAAAAGAUCACAAACUACCUAACACCAAGGGCAGAUCUGCCCCAUCCUCCAGCCAUCUGCAAAGCAUCCAGAAGGAUAACCAGACUGAUAUCACAUCAUUAUAAGAUUAUUUUUUUUUUAGAAAUAAACUGUACAUAAAAAGACAGAGGUUGCAUCUGACUUUUGCAUGGACUGAUGUUGUUUUUAGCCUCUUUUUUUUUUAUUUAACAAAAAAGACCCCAGCAGCGUUGACUCAAGACCGAGUCAGAAAACCAACUAGUCUUUAUAAGUGAGAGGUUUGAAAGUUCUUCCUUGUUUUAAUUCCCUCAAAGAGACACAAAAACAUCGAAACAACCUUUUUUUUUGGACGUUAUACCCACCUGAGGACAUUUAAUGAGAAACCUCGGUUGGUUUCAUGGAUUUAAACAGUGUUGCAGCUCUUCUCACGUUGAUUCACGCUGGUUUAAAGAUUGAAAUAUCUUUAUUGAGAACAGGGAAGCCCUUGGUUCAAAAAUCCACACACACACAUCUUAUUUCAGUUUAUCCUAGUCAAACCUCACAUUAAACGCACAAUAAAUAUAUAGCCUAUAUAUAUAUACUUGAAGGAAUCAUUAUUUCCAUACAGAGCACGCCAAACACAACCUACUUUCGUAAGUUGCAAAACCCCGUUGAAUUUUUCAGUUCCACGUUUCUUUGUGAUUAAUAUGUUUUAACUUAUUUUGUACAAUAAAGCUUUGGAAUUUUCUUAGCCUAAAUUAUAUUCCCAAAAGCAAGACAUUCCUGUGUGCAUACUAUUCUGAGUGCCCUUAUAAAUCUCUCUUGACAUCUUUGUAAACAGUGUACAUUUUCAGAGGCUCUCUCGUGCCAUUUGAAAGUCUUACAUGAACGAUCAUUUGUUCCUUCAUGGUAUCAAAUUGGUAAUGGAUGUUUCUCAUCGGAAAUAAUCAGAUCCAGAAUAUUGAGUUUAAUUGUUUAUUUUUUACUUGAUACGAAUUUUUUUUUACGUCAUUAUUUAUUUGUUUAAAACAAACGUGUACAUUUUCGUAUAGCACACAAUUUUAAUUAAAAGUAGGUUAUUCGUUAAACUUUAAUUAAUCUAAAAUAUGUUUGAACUCUUGUGGAUUAUUAGCAUGGCUUUAUGCAAAGUUUUAGUCUUUAGUUAAUGUGGGAAUCUUGUAGUUUUUUUUUUCCGUUUACAACGAGCUAACCGAGGGGGGCUUUCACGUCACGUUUCAAGACAGAUAUUUUUUUUUGUUUUAUACCGUCAUUGUCUUCGGACAAAAAAAAGCCCAGAAGCUCUCCCAGUACGAAGAGGUCUUCUCUGUGAAGUCUUCACGAUGAGAGGCUUGAAAAGGUAUUUCAUCCGAAGGUCGACAAAGCAGCAGUGGCAGGUUCAUCCAGGGGACACAUUUCAGCCGCAAGGACUGACCCCAACACCCCUGACCCGCCGGACAGGCAGCCUUUUCUGUCCCAGGCGCUGUUCGCUUUGGUUUGGAGGGCUUUUCCACACUUAAAAAGCCAAAGCAUUCAAAGCAAGAGUCAGUGCGUGAAUUCCAUAGUUUAUACACGUGUUUUAACAGUAUUUAUAUCGAGCCCUUAAAAGCAAUUUGUGCAUUUGUCUCCCCAUGUCAAUAUGCAAUCAUUUUGUUUUUAUUUUUGU